GUUUAGGAAUAGGAUUAGUAUGACAGUCUAUAAAUAAGGUUCUCAACAUUCUCACUCUCCAAAUCGUUGAUCACCAUUCACCUCCUUAAAGUGUUUCUAAGCUCUGAAAUUAGAAUCCUCGGACUACAAUACCAUAAUCAAAUUUCGUAACUUUUACUAAUAAAUAAUGUCUGGAGAAGAGGAAGAGAAUGCCGCUGAGCUCAAAAUUGGAGAUGAGUUUUUGAAGGCAAAAUGUCUUAUGAAUUGUGAAGUUGCGCUCAUUCUUGAACGUAAAUAUGAUCAGCUUCAACAAAUGUCUGAUGAUCCGCUAAAUCAAGUUUCUCAGGUGUUUGAGAAGUCUCUGCAAUAUGUAAAGAGGUUUAGCCGCUAUAAAAAUCCUGAUGCAGUUAGACAAGUUCGAGAAAUUCUAAGCAGAUAUCAAUUGGCUGAAUUUGAGCUUUGUGUGCUUGGCAAUCUCUGUCCUGAAACUGUGGAAGAAGCAAUUGCUAUGGUACCAUCUAUAAAGACCAAAGGAAGGGCACACGAUGAUGAAGCUAUUGAGAAAAUGUUGAAUGAUUUAUCAUUAAUAAAGAAAUUUGAGUAGCGGCUUCAUCUGCUAUUUUUAUUUACUAAUGUAAUUUAAGAAAUUUAGAAUUUGGAAGAAUUUUUUAUCAUGGGAUUUUCUUUGAUAAUUAUUAUAUCAUCCGCACUUUGUUUUAAUGUAUUAAUAGGGAACAGAGCGAUUAUUAAAAUUUUAAAUUAUGCAUGAAUAUUUAUGUUAUGUUAAAUGUAAUUAUAUAAUAAAAUUGUUGUUGUUUUUUUAA